UGUGUUUUAAACAUUACACAGUUGAGAUGAACUACCGCAAGGCUUCCGUGGUCAGUGACGUCACCAGAACUACAGAAGGCCUUCCAUCGAUUGUAACCAAACUUCAAAUUACUUCACUUUGGGCCCCAACUGAUUCUCUCUAUCCAUUCUCUCAAGUCCUUAGGUUAAGAGUGUUGCAGAUAGUUUGUGGAAUAUGUAUUCUUCUAAUGGGCUCAGUGUCCUGCAUUGAGGAUCGCACCUCCAUCACCAGACUAGGCCUUGGUAUUCCUGCUGGGGUCUUCACAGUUAUAGCUGCUGGUGGCAGCAUACACAGUAGUCGUGGGUUUGGAGGGUAUCGUCCAGGUUCUUGCCCCUAUACUUCCCUCAGGUUUCUGGGUCCAAGUCCUGCUGCAGCGACGUCCCUUACUCUUCUCUGGCUGGCAGCUUGCUCCCUUCAUGUAGCUCUAAUCUUCCAGGCGUUGUUCCAACUGCAGAACACAGACAACUCAAGGACGACCCAGACAAGUAUCCUGGUAGCGGUCGUAGAGAUGAUACUGUCAGUGACUACCCUGAUUGCUGUUUUGUGGGUGGUAAGGAUAGACUGUUGCUAUGACCCUGACUGACCGGAGGCCAUGAGGUGUGGAGGAGCCAGUGCCACAGGAGGCCAAGACACUGGAGCCUCUACUACAGGUGUCAGUUUGGUUCCGGUAGCCUCGAGCAGCAGUGAAAGAGCUACAGACACCUGAUAGCUUCUACUACCUUGACUAACAUUUUCUUACAAGACAUUCUGAGUCACAUGUUCAGUUGCUUGAAAUUGUAAAUACUGUACCGAAACAAAAACAUAUGUUGUAUUGUAUAUCUCAUCAGUUGCACUGGAAUAUAAAAUCUUGUGUUCAUUUUCAGAUGCUUAAGUGUUAAUAAGUCUUUACCUUGUCAAAUCUUGGUUAGAUUUAAAAUUUAGUUUUUCGGAAGGAGGAAGCAUUACCUUCGUGGCU